UAUCAUAAGGUGAAUUGCAGAUCACGUUGUUAAGAGAACAGUGAGUGAUUUUAUGCUGCACUACGUCCACAGACGUCUGGUUUUCUUGACGUCAGGAGAAGUCUGAGCGGACCCAACGCUGCGCACAAGCACAGCAACCACAUCGCUCCCAGAGGGAAGGAGAACACAUCAUAGCCACAGAUCGCCAUUUAGCUGUAGUGUGGCGAAUCCGAUCAGCGUUGUAGGAUGCCUCUUGGAGAGGAUGGAAAUGGAUGGAAAAAGAAGACAUCAGACAUCAAAGAACAUUAUGACUUCAAAGAAGUGCUGGGAACGGGAGCUUUCUCAGAGGUGGUUCUAGCAGAGGAGAAGAGGACCCAGAGGCUGGUGGCCAUCAAGUGCAUCCCCAAGAAAGCGUUGGAAGGCAAAGAGAACAACAUUGAAAAUGAGAUUGCAGUACUACACAGAAUCAAGCACCCCAACAUUGUUUCACUGGAAGACAUCUUUGAAAGUACAUCUCAUCUAUAUCUUGUUAUGCAGCUGGUAUCUGGAGGCGAGUUGUUCGACAGGAUCGUGGAGAAAGGCUUCUACACGGAGAGAGAUGCCAGCCAGCUCAUCCACCAGAUCUUAGAUGCAGUCAAAUAUCUCCAUGAUAUGGGGAUCGUCCACAGAGAUUUGAAGCCAGAGAAUUUGCUGUAUUACAGCAUGGACGAAGACUCCAAGAUUAUGAUCAGUGACUUCGGACUGUCAAAGAUUGAGGGAGCAGGCAGUGUUAUGUCCACAGCCUGCGGUACUCCUGGAUAUGUGGCUCCUGAGGUGCUCGCUCAGAAGCCGUACAGCAAAGCAGUGGAUUGCUGGUCCAUAGGAGUUAUUUCUUAUAUUCUGUUAUGUGGAUAUCCUCCAUUCUACGAUGAAAACGAUGCAAAGCUGUUUGAGCAGAUUCUGAAAGCAGAGUAUGAAUUUGACUCUCCAUACUGGGAUGACAUCUCAGAUUCAGCCAAAGACUUCAUCUGUCACCUGAUGGAAAAGGAUCCUUUGAAAAGAUAUACGUGUGAGCAGGCCCUCCAGCAUCCAUGGAUCUGUGGAGACACAGCUCUGGACAAGAAUAUCCAUGAAUCUGUCAGCGCUCAAAUCAAGAAGAACUUUGCCAAAAGUAAAUGGAAGCAAGCGUUUAAUGCCACAGCGGUGGUGCGCCACAUGCGCAAGUUGCAGCUGGGCACUAGUCUCGAGGGACCCAGUCAGAUUACUCCCACCAGUCCCUGCCACGGACAUCUGCUCCCAGAAGAAGAGGAGGAGGAGGAGGAGGAUGAUGAUUUGGGAAAUGGGGAGGAGGAGAGCUUGUCCCACUACGAGGACGGUCGCCGUGGAAGCACAGAGGGCAGCACAGAUCGGGACAGCCUGAGAAGCUGCACUUACUGCUGCAGGCCAGCCAGUCGUGUCUGAGCGCAACCUCCCGUUGUCACAGUGACAUUGUAUCCCUGGAGCACCCAGAGCCCGCCCGCCCAGUCUGGCCAGGAAUGCAGAGUAGUUAUCAGGCAGUGUCCACCAGAGUUCAUCCACAGCGAGCCCGUCACUGUCACAGUGUGUAGAAACAUGCUGUAAGUCUUUGUUCAAAACCACAUCCUGACUCAAGAUACACACGUUUUAACUUUUUUGCGGAACAUGUAUGCAAUGCUGCUCCGAGUGGACAGAGUUCAUGACAUGAAAAAAGGGUCUGUCUGCAUGAUUAUGAAAUAAACACCCUAACAACUUGUAGUUGUCCUUUCUGCAGCUAUAGCAGGUCAUUUGGACUUUAGCUUCAGGAAGGAUCUAAGCUCUGUAAUUUAAAUCAAAGACGAGGCAGUGGUCUAAAGGCGGUCCUCUUCAUUAUUUUUGGUCUUACAUUAUUCGUCACAUCUACCUCUAAUCACAAUUACCAUCUGUCUGCAUCCAUCUGGCCCACACGCUCUACAUUUCUGGCAGCUUUCUCCAAAAAAAUCUGGCCAGACGGGGCAGAAAGAAUGGGGAACGCUUUUUUAGAGGGGAAACAAUGCUGAAAGCUAGUCCUGCAUGUCUUUAUACUCUUCACCCGUCAAUGUGACUCAGUCCAGUCACUGACCAAGUAGCUGUUUAGUUAAAUAGAGUUCAUCUCCACUGCCGACACCACCUGCCCAUUUGUUCUAUUUGACCACUCUCGUCUUUCUUCUCAUAAUGUCAUUAUUAAGUGUUUCUGUCUUUUCUGAGUAUUUACUCCUUUUGUUUAAAGCCUUUUUGGAGUGGAGAUAUUUGAAAGUGGAGGGUGAUUCUGGGGGUUUUGGACUUUAUAUUCUGGCUCAGACUGGGUUUGUGAAGAAUGGUUCUGACCUGAAGUGUCUGCAUGCUUCUGUUGGGGAAAACAUCGAAGUGUAUGAAUAUCAAAAGGAGACUUUUUUUUUGUUUUUGUUUUAUGGCUGUUCUGUUAGAGGCUCAAACUGAGAUCCCCAUAAAUCUGUAAAUCACAGGAAUCUGACCUUCCUGCACUUGCUCUCGUCAUGUUUAGCAGGAGUUAUUUGGAAGGUGCAAUUAUGCUACCAGUGGGAAGAAAACGAUCAUAUUCACGUCAUGCUCAUCCUCCCUGUUCUGUUUCUGACGAGCAUCUAAAUAUCCCCCCCUGUUGUCAGUCUCUCACAGGGAUCUCAGUCUGGGCGCUCCGCCUGCUCUGUGCUGUGCACCUCUAGUGGAAGAAGUUUUGGUCUACUGUUUGCAUGACCUGGUUAAAUAUGUUUACAUGAAUGAUGAUCAAUUAGUAUAAAGACACAUGAUUAUUAUUACUCUGUUGUAUUGAAAAUGAUGUAAUACUGUAAUUUUGAGCUAUAUAAUGUGAAGUGAGUAACACCAGAAGUAAUGUUGUUGACAAUGUACAACACAGCACAGUGGACUUACUGUAUCAUUUGCAUUGACUAUGAAGGUCUAGUCUCUACCUGAGUGACAUUUCUCCUGUACUAUGUCAUUUACAACUCAAAUUUCUUUUUUUUCAAUCAUUUUUUUUGUGGUUAUGUUGCUUAUGUAGAAUCUAUCAAAUACUUUUUUCUCUCUCUAAUACCCAGUCACAAGUAGAGAAAAAAAAACCACAUAUCCUACUCUUAUACAAGUGCCACAGAACAAAAAAAUUUAACAAAAGAAAAAGUGCUGGAAACAUCAUCUGUGUGCAGUGGGAGUAGCCUUCAGUGUGCAUGGUCUACAUUAAUCCUCUGAGAAAAUGAGCUACAGUACUAAAGCCAUACACUGAAGUGGGAAUGUUUGACUGUAGAUUCACAUGUCAUCAACUUUUAAUAUAUGACUCAGAUGAAGGAUGACAUAAAAUUCUCCCUGCGACAACUGGCUGAAAGCACUUAAACCCAGAUAUUAAUCAUACCUUACGGUUAUUAAUUUAAGGUAUGUCAUGACAUAAUGCUGUAUUUUAGUUAGCUGUAGUGAGCCAACUCAUCCAUACAAUAUUUUAUUGAAUUUGAAUACAUUUAUUUGCCUACAUUGAAACCAGUUCCCUCGAUCUGUCAUUGAUACAUACAGGUACAUAGUACAGUAAAAGAAGGCAAUCACUCUGGAUUUACAUGACUGUAAUUGUGGAAAAUAUGCAAACUGUGUGUGAAGGGCUUCAUGUUAACUGUAAGAUAGCCAAUGUUGAUGACUUUGAUAAACUGGCUAUUAUUUGUCUGGUAAUGACCUUAUGUUGAACCUUACCUGGGAUUUGUUUCCACUUGGCUGUGUUUUUUUUUCUUAAAAAAAAAAGCUUAUUUUACCCAUUACAAACACAUCUAAAUGCAUAAAGAAACACGUGUAUAUUAUAUAUAUAAAUAUAAGUAUAUAUUGUAUAUCCUUUUUUGUAAAGCUGUUUUGAGCUACAAAUGUAUGGAUGCAAUGCAUCAUGGGUUAUUGAACAAGCUGUAAGAAAAUACAAAGAUUUGUACCCACAGAGAUAUGA